CGCCAAAGUCACAAUAAAUGAAAAAAAAAAACUCUAUGGUCAAUGUUUGAGUGAUUUGUCUGCAAUUGUAAAUGUCAUACUAAUAUUUUUUGAGUUCAAUAAUAUCAGAAUGGCAGAAAAUAGAGAAGAAAUUUUAGCAAAUUUUCAGGGAAUAACAGCCAUAGAAGAUGUAGCAGAAGCAAUAUACCACUUAGAAGAAGCAAACUGGGACUUACUAGCAGCCAUCAAUCGAGUGAUGCCACAAGAUGGUAACAGCUCAUCUCAGCAGACUGAAGACACUCACGAUGUUGAAAUGAUAGAUGACGACAUAUCUGUGAUAACUCCAAAAACACACCCACCAGAUCGGGAAGAUAGCAAUCAAGCUUCAACUUCGUCUCCUAGAAAUAGUUCGUCUGAUAUGGUAGAGCUUCAAGUUCACUGUAACAAUAAAAUACAUGAAAUAAAAAUGUCAGGUGUAGCAACAGUCAGUGAUUUAAAAAAACGGCUAGAAUCAGUAUGCGGUGUGCCAGUGUGUCGACAACAGAUCUCCGGGCUGGGCGGCUCGCGGGCCACGUCCUCCGCCGCCCUCGGCAGUCUUGGUCUGGCCCCGAACGCGGUGCUGCGGUUGAAAGCGGCCGACCAGCUUAUGGCUGAUGAUGAGAUGGCAGAACGGUUAACGACAUCAUAUAUACUACGCAUUAAACACGACGAAAAAGAGUACACAUUAACGUACCCGGGCACCAAAACCGUUCAGGAGGUCAAGAACGACAUCUACUCACUCACAGACAUACCCGCGCGACAUCAGGUGUGGACGGGAUGGCCAACGGUGACAGGUCUAGACGACACAGUCCUUGCGAUGGUGGGGCUAGAUCUGCCGCAACAUCAGCUCACAGUCAAACGGGCGCCCAGCAAUAAUAAGAAGGAGUAUGAAAGGAUAAUAUUAGAAAGUUCAGAUAGUGAAAACAGUUCAAUAGAGGAGAUAGAAGACUCAGGCGACGUGUUCACCGGCGAAGACGACAUGUUUGUUGAUCUAGUACACCCGGAGAGGUUACAGCCACUCAUGUCAGACCACGUGGAGGACGAGGCGCUGGGCUGUAUAGAAUUCGCGCAGCGCUUCCGCACGCGGUAUGGACCGAACACACCAAACUUUUUCGAGGGUACACUACAAGAUGCGAUCAAAGAGGCCUGUCUGAAGCCUGCCAAAGAGAGGAAGCUGCUAGGGUUGUACCUACAUCACGAGCAGUCAGUGCUGUCGAAUGUGUUCUGCGCACAGCUGCUGGGCUGCGAGGCGGUGUUGCAAACCCUAGCCACCAACUUCAUUGUCUAUGGCUGGGACCUCACACAUCCGGACAAUAAUAACAUGUUAUUAAAUUCAGUGGCGAAUGCACUGGGCCCGGUAGCGAGUAUGACAAUACGCAGUAUCCCAAUGGAUCGGUUACCAGCACUAGUCAUCAUCAUGCGAGUUCGCUCCAACACCGAAAUAUAUUCCGUUAUCAAUGGUAAUGUGGGCGUGUCGGAGCUGCUGGGCGGAUUGAUGGAGGCGCUGGAGAGGUUCGCGGCGCAGCGCGACCAUGACGCCCGCCUUGAACGAGAACGCGACGCGCGACAACGGGUCAAGCGCGAACAGGACGAGGCCUACCAGCGCAGCCUCGAGGCUGACAGAGCAAAAGAAGAAAUAAAAAAACAACAGGAACUAGAAAGGAAUCAAGAAUUAGAAAGGGCAGAAUCAGAACGACAAUUAGAGGAAGCGAGAAAAGAGGCAGCACGAUCAGCGGCAGCGGCGCGGGUGCCCGCCGAGCCGGCGGCGGCGAGCGACGUAGCACGCAUACGGGUCCGCCUGCCGCCGCCGCACCACCACCUGCUCGAGCGGCGCUUCCAGCCGCAUGAUACGCUGCAGGCACUGUUAGACUUCCUCGCUUCUAAAGGAUACCCACAAGAAAAUUAUAAAGUUAUAUCUAGCUGGCCUAGAAGAGACUUAACAACAGAAUCUCACAGCAGUACACUGAAAGCUCUCAAAUUAUACCCGCAAGAGACAGUGAUGCUCGAGGAGCGGUGAAAAGCGUCGCCGUCGUCCGCCCGCUGCCGCCUCGCUCCCGUCACGCGACACCGAGCCCUAUGUCCUUAGCCAUAAAGAUACUUAUCCAUGGUAAACUUUUAAUUAGCAACACAUGAUAAAUUUUAAGAUCGUCUCUGGAACUCUGAUCUCUAAUUUUUUUAAUUAAUAUAAUUAGUUAUAUUAUAUUACAUGAAGAAUCUUUAAAUUAAAAAAGCAAAAAAGUGUUAGUUUAAUGCAACAAAUGUAUGCAUAACAAUGUACUUGUGAAUGUAUUGAAAAAAAUUAUGUUGUAAUACUAGUUAAGACUAAAACUGAAGUUUUAUAUUACAGAGAAGUCGUUAUAAACCAAAUUUACUAUAGAUUUGGACCAGAAAUACAUUAAACGUAACUAUUUAUAGAAUGUUCGCUAAACUAUUGAUUUAAAAUUUAAACUAUUAGAAAUAAUUUUAGAGAGUGGAGUGCCAGAAUCGAUUUCAUUGUUAACAUUCAUGAAGGUUGCUGGAAACAAUCUUGAAUAUGUUCACAGAGAUACUGUUACAACUAUAAUAACCUAAUAACAAUUGCUAAGUGGAAGAAAUUCCUCUAUAGAAUAUGUCCGCCUAUGUACUCCUAAACUAUAACUGCAUUUCAAUAUCCCUUUUGUACAAUAGAGUCUGUAAAUAAUUAAGUUUCUAUUGUGAUCGUGAAUGUGUUAAAUGUCUAUCUGUUGCAAAAUAUUACUUGAGCAAAUUUGACUUAACUGCAUUAUUUUAUUAUUUCUUGAUAAACUGAAAAAAAUAUUACUAAUAAUUGUUAAUAUUUAUUAGCCAUGAACUUGGCAACACGUUGCCAUCAUGUCUGCAACAUGUUAUUUACAAUUCGACAACACUAACGCAACUUUGUUUUCCAAACAAAAGUUUACCAUGAAUAUUUAUACUUAACGUUCAAUAUUCAAAUUUACAAACAGUGACCCAAUCACAGUCAUAGAGUUAAGUAGAUGUCGCAUUACACGCGGUAUUUUCAAAAGGAUACUCUUCCGCAUCGGAAUGUUCCGCCUCUAGUUAAAUAUCUUGCAAACAGUUUGAAAUUUCUUGUUAAUCUUAACAUUUAACAUAUUUUGUAUUUUAUAAAAGCAAUUAUUAUAAAAAUCGAGCGAACGUUAGUGCGACCUUUGCAGUCACUUGAUCGCUAAUGCCGCUUUUUUUACCAAAAAGUGCAUAUAAAAAAACUAUACUAUUUUUUUUUUUCACAAUAAACAAUUACUAACUGAUCCGACCAGGUAGUCGACAAUAAUAUGGCAUGUUUUGUUUUCAUAGAAAACGAAUGCUUGUGACAUCUAUUUUCUUAUAUGUCUAUGAAGCCAUAAUCUCAUUUCUUGUAAUCCUAAUGCUAUAUAAACCUUCAGUGUUCAUAUUGUAGAUACAAACUUACGCGUAUUACAAAUUGAUCCAUAUUUUGUUAUGUAUAAAGUUUAAUAAUGCAUCUAUGAGACCAACACUUUAACAUUUAUUGGCAACAAGAAGUAAAUACGAACUGUGGAUCAAGUUAGUUUAACUAACUUUUUUGUUUGCGUCAGUGAUCCUUCAAUAAAGAACUUCUAAAUAUUACAAAAUUCAAAAGGCGCUUUUUUAUGUACAAUUUGUUUCCUAAUUUUAUUAACGGGUUUAUUGACACUUAUGUUAUCAUAUUAUCACGCUUGCAUAAUAUUUUUAAUGUACAUACAGUUCGUGAUAUCUUGAACUGACGACUGACGUGUAUCAACAAUGUAAACAUUCAUAUAAUAGAGAGAGACAAAUGUAUAAGACGACGCUCUAACAUAUGCGUCUGUUACUAAUAUGAAGUCUUUACUAGUCAAGUGGUGAAGUAAUCUAUUGGUAGAAACGUUAUUACUCCAGACAUGAGAAAGAACAAGAUACAAGAUAUUGCUUUCUUAUUCUAUCUUACGCAGGCUAUAGCGAAAGCGUACCAAUAAAUUCGUUUAAUCUUUGAUUAGAGAGCUAGGUGGAUUUAGACCAAGUUAUAUUUUUUUUUCGUUUUCUCUAGAUUAAAAUUUGGUUUUGAGUAAAUGUGUUCAAAGAUAACGAGUAGAGUAUUUUAAAAACGUCAUUUAAAAUUUGUUUGUGGUUGUUCUACUUAUUUAAUGAAUAUUUUAUUGUUUAUCGAUAAAAUGACAUUAUUCAAAAUAGCUACUUAUACUUUAUUCCAGGGAUACUAUCUUUAAUCUAUGUUCGUUCCACUGUAUAAAUAUAAAAAUAUUUUUAUUAAAUAUUUAUAUAUGGGAUCAAUUUCAAAACGUCAUCCUCCGGCAUAUUUAUAUAAGUGGGAACUUCCACAAAUCAUAAAUACACAGAGCAUUUUUAUAUUGUAUUAUUUACUCUUUCUUUGUUCUUUUGUCUAAAAACCACCUUUUACAACAACAUUGUAAGUCAGUUACUAGCUUUAGAAAAUUGAAGUGUCCAAAAAAGUAAAACAGUGAAUUAAAAAAAGUACAACUCAUUCUCUGCCUGAACUAUGUGUAAAAUAGUGGUCUAAAUAUCUUUAAACUGUGUAAUAAUUCUAACAUUUGUAUCGGUAACUCUAGAGAAUGCUCAAUUAGCUUACCAACAUUUUCAAUGUGAUUUUAAUUGCAUUAUUAUCAAAAUAAAGUAACAAAAUUUCAUAAAAAUAUUAUUUUGCGCUUAUCUAGUUAUUAGUCUAUUGCAAUAAAAAUACGAUUUUAACUACGUAUUUCAUACGUUAUAAUAUGUUAAUUUGAAAAUUGUUUCGUUACAACUUGAUAAAGAUUUUAGAUGUAAGAAGUUCGUUUGGUGCGCUGCAGCACCGGACAGAAUAUUCCAGAAGCUGCAUUAUAAAUAUAGAAGUACUACGGACUAGUAGUCGCUUCAUCUCGUCUCAGCUGAGAGAUGUGUUGUGUCGCCCAAUGACAGCAGCGGUAAAUUGUUUAUCCCUUCAUUUAUAUUUAACAGUCAGAAAAGGUAAUACAAUCUUGAAAUGUAGUAUUAUGAAAACGAAAAUUUCAACAGAAUGUUGAUCGAAAUGUGAAAUUAAUUUUAAAUAUUUUUAAAAAGCUAAAUAUUUUUCAUUUUUCGACUAUAUUCAUAAUGGAGCAUGCCUAGACAAGUGGCAAAUUAUUGCAUCUGUUGAUAUGUUUUUCUUAGCAUAUGUACGGGGACAGAACGCCGGACGUUGCUGUCUCGUUCUAACGCGUACAAGCGGCAUCCUAGAUGACAGUCGCUGCUUUCUCUUAGAUGGGUAAAAGUAUUCCUUAUGGACAAUUUGAUGUUAUGAAUACUUCCUGUGUUUUAAAUUUCAGAUUGGUAUACCUUUUCGACUAACACUGUAUAGAAUGAUUAUAUAGCUUAAUAUGUAAAUUUCGUGAAUAUUGACUGAGAGAAUUUCCAUAGUUAUGUUUAUUUUAUGCCAGUUUGUGUUGUAAAAAGUAUUUUUUUUUGUUACUGUAACUUUCUAAGUGUUGCCAGUUGUAGGUCAUACUGGCAUGUUAUGGUUUAUGUACAGAAACAUCAGACAGUGUUGCACUGUCACUAAUAAUAUAAACUGCUAUGCCUUGCGACAAGCAACGCUGUUGAUUUGCCAACAGUAUUGUUGAGCAUUUGUAUAUUAUGAAAUAUGAUAAGAAGACCGUAAUAUAUCUCUUUAGAAUUUUUUUCUUUUUCACUGCCUAGUUGUUAAUUACCAUCUUUUACUGCGACAACUUGUAACCAAUUUGUGACGGUCCAAACUUUGUUAAUUUUCGAAUAUAACUGCAUCCUAAAUAUUAUUUAAAUAUGUCAAAAUCUAACGGAUCAGAUUUUUGAUCUCUGUAAUUUUUCACAAAACAGAUUAAUGUGAGAUUGUAACAGUGUAUUGCGACAAAAAUAUGUAUCCAAAUAAAUGAACCGAGAGAUGG